UACAACUUGGUACGGUGUCUGAAACAGUCGAACUUGGAAGUCACAAUGAAUCCUCUGCGCAGCCUUUGCCUUAUGGCCUGCCUUCUGGCGGUCGCCAUGGGCAAUCCCCAAUCUGGCCCCCGUUCCGGUCGCCGAUCCAACUCCCUGGACAACGUGGAGCAGCCCAGCAACUGGGUGAGCCCCCGCGAAAUCGAGGAUCUGCCCGCGCUGAACCAGGUUAGCCUGAAGAAGCUGCAGGAGAUGAGCCUGGAGGAGGGCGCCACGCUGCUGGACAAGCUCUACCACCUGUCCCAGUUCAACCAUGUCUUCAAGCCCGAUUACACCCCAGAGCCCAGCCAAAUCAAGGGCUACAUUGUCGGCGAACGCGGCCAGAAGAUCGAGUUCAACCUGAACACCUUGGUGGAGACGGUGAAGCGCCAGCAGAAGUUCGGCGACGACGAGGUCACCAUCUUCAUCCAGGGCCUGCCCCAGACCAACUCGCAAGUGCAGAAGGCCACCAGGAAGCUGGUGAACGCCUACCAGCAGCGCUACAACCUCCAGCCCUACCCGACCACCGAUUCCUCCAGCGAGGAGCAGCGCCAGAGGAGCAGCAGCGAGGAGCAGCAGCAGCAGCAGCAGCAGCGCAGGAAGCAGAACGAUGACCAGGACGACUCGAAGACCGGAGAUCUGAUCGUGAUCCAGCUGGGCGAUGCCAUCGAGGACUUUGAGCAGUACGCCACCUUGAACAUUGAGCGUUUGGGCGAGAUCCUUGGCAACCGCCUGGUUGAGCUGACCAACACCGUGAACGUGCCCCAGGAGAUCAUCCACCUGAUUGGCUCCGGACCCGCCGCCCAUGUGGCCGGAGUGGCUGGACGCCAGUUCACCCGCCAGACUGGACACAAGUUGCGCCGCAUCACCGCCCUGGACCCCUCAAAGAUCUACGGCAAGCCGGAGGAGAAGCUGACCGGUCUGGCCCGCGGCGAUGCCGACUUCGUUGAUGCCAUCCACACCUCGGCCUACGGCAUGGGCACCAGCAAGCGCCUGGCCAAUGUGGACUUCUACCCGAACGGACCCUCGACCGGUGUUCCCGGUGCCGACAAUGUUGUGGAGGCCGCUAUGCGCGCCACCCGCUACUUCGCCGAGUCAGUGCGUCCAGGAAACGAGAGGAACUUCCCCGCCGUGGCCGCCAGCUCGUACCAGGAGUACAAGCAGAACAAGGGAUAUGGCAAGCGGGCCUACAUGGGCAUCGCCACCGACUUCGAUCUGCAGGGCGACUACAUGCUGCAGGUGAACUCCAAGAGCCCCUUCGGCCGCAGCACCCCCGCCCAGACCCAGGCUGGCUACCACCAGGUCCACCAGCCCUGGCGCCAGUCCUCCUCCUCCUCGUCGUCCUCCAGCCAGGGUUCCCGCCGUCACUAGGUCGCUAGUGAUCGCUAGAUGACAACCAGAUCGCACACCCCUCACGCGAGCGAACCACUUAGCCCAUCCUCAUUCAGCAUCGAGCGGUUAAUCCUGCCACAGCUAGCAUCCACUAUGUAUAAUUACGCUUCGUUUUUUAAUUCACAAUAAAAAACCUUUGCAUUUUUUAAAUAUUCAAAAGAGUUAUGUUCAUUUCGAUAAGUUACGAAAAAUCAGUUUAAUACAUAUUUCCCAGCUAAAUUUAACUUCAUUCCUCGCAAUAAAAACAAUUGAAUUUUGAAAACA